AGGUCAACAGGAGCGCGAGAAGUCAUAGUGACUGGGAGGUUCUUGGUGUGCAAUGAUCAGUCCCCAAAUGAGAAGGGAUAAACAGAGAACUACGGAGCAAGCAUUGUAAAUGAGCCGCUUCUUCGCCUCCCGGGGUAAUGGGUGACUAAAUAGCUGCAUUCCUGCCCCCAAAAGCCCAGGCCGACCCUGCAGGACUUUCCCUCUCCCAGCCCCAGUCACCUCUUCCUCCUCGGCCGGCUGGACUUCCAGCAGGAUGAAGGAGCUGCAGAAGAUGCUUCAAGGUCGGGUCUUGAUCCUGACGGUCUGUGCUGCUGGAAUUGGGGGCUCAUUCCAAUAUGGAUACAACCUCACCAUCAUCAAUGCCCCAACCACAUACAUCCAGAGCUUCACAAAUGAGACGUGGCUGGAGCGGACAGGCAGCCCUCUGGAGGGGAAGGUGAUCACCCUGAUCUGGUCCUCUGUGGUCUCCAUCUAUCCUUUGGGGGGUCUCGUGGGAGCCCUCCUCGCGGGCCCCAUGGCCAUUAAGCUGGGAAGGAAGAAAUCUUUGCUGCUGAACAACUUGUUUGUGGUCUUGGCUGCGGUGUUGGUGGGAUUCAGCCAAAUGGCCAGAUCCUUUGAAAUGAUCUUGCUGAGCAGAUUUCUUGCAGGAAUCAAUUCUGGCGUGAGCAUGAACAUCCAGCCCAUGUACCUGGGAGAAAGCGCCCCCAAGGAACUCCGUGGAGCCGUGGCCCUGACGUCUGCAUCCUUCACGGCCCUGGGGUUGGUGAUGGGACAGGUGGUUGGAUUGAGAGAAAUUUUAGGAGCGGAGGAAAGCUGGCCUCUCCUCCUGGCCAGCAACGCAGUGCCUGCUCUGAUCCAGCUGGUCUUGCUGCCCUGGGCCCCGGAAAGCCCCCGGUACCUAUUGAUCGACCGAGGAGAUGAGGAAUCUUGCAUCUGUGCUUUGCAGAAGCUGCGGGGCAGCGACGACCUGGGCGGGGAGAUGAAGGAGCUGCUGGCAGAGCAGGCGGCACUCCGAGGGGUGACAGCCAAGGCCCCCUGGGAGCUCUUCAGGGACCCGGCCGUGCGGUGGCAGCUCAUCACCAUUGUCUUCCUCAGCAGCGCCAUGCAGCUCUGCGGCAACGACUCUAUGUACUCCUAUGCCUCGACCGUUUUCCAAGAGGCCGGGAUCCCUUACGACAAGAUCCAGUACAGCAUAAUCGGCACGGGCAGCUGCGAGCUGAUCACCGCCAUGACUUGUAAUCUGAUCAUUGAGCAUGUCGGACGAAGGAAGCUGGUGAUGGGCGGAUACAGUCUCAUGUCUGUGUGGGCCAUUGUCUUCAUGGUGGCCCUGUCUCUGCAGGACCAAUACAGCUGGAUGCCUUACCUGAGCAUGUCCUGCAUCUUUGCCUACAUCCUGAGUUUUGGAAUUGGGCCAGCCGGCGUGACGGUGAUUAUGCCCAUGGAGAUUUUCGACCAGGUAUCUCGCCCAGCUGCCUGCAUGAUCUGUGGUGCUCUGCUGUGGGCCAACUUGUUCCUGGUGGGCAUGGUGUUUCCUUUCCUUGUGGAAGGCCUUGGCCAUUACUGCUAUGUCCCCUUCUUCAUCGUCUGCGUCUCCGCUGCCCUCUAUGUCGCUUUCUUCCUCCCCGAGACCAAAGGGAAAUCCUUUCUGGAAAUCUCUGAGGAAUUCAACAAACGGAACUUCAAAGCGCAGGCUCAUGAGGAGUCCAAGAGUCUUUCCGAGGAAACAAAGUCCACCAUGUUGUAGCCCCCGAAGGAUGGAGGAGAACGACAGGGACACGGGGAGAGAAAGUUGGUUUUGUGCCACCAGGCAGAUCUAUCCCUCCACACACACACCUGCACCCCCAAAUUCCCAGUAUGGGGUAAAAAUUGCAGCUGAAGCGAGUUUAGAGUGGGGAGGUGGGAUGGAACAUUUUCUGUUUCUCAAAUACUGAUUUGCGCGUUAAAAGUCCUGUACGGAAAUGUCCACUCCCAAGAUUUUUAGUGGGUUUUCAGUUUUAGAAUUUCUUAUACAUUGUAUAAGAAAUAAUGCCCAGAGUCUGGAAUUUGAACCCUAAAAUGUUGUUUCUCACCAUCAGCUGCCAGGCUUGGUCAGUUACGGGGAGCAACGCACUAUUCCAGGGUGUUGCUUUGGAGACCGUUUUCUAAACGUGAAAUUGAUUCACGAGGAGGGAAAACCCACCUGCGCUUUAAUCGAUGCCCAAAUGUAUUGAUAGCCAAAUGUAUUGAGAAGUUUCGUUUAGGAGAAACCCACAAUCCCAACCCCACCCCGAUCUACGAAUGAGCUGCCUCUUUAACAUGUAUUAACGUACCUGGGGCAUAUUUUUUUGACAGAAAGUGUGUUAAAAUAUAGAAAAUAUUCCACAAAUCCCUGCUAGAGAUCCUUCUGAGAAAAGUCCUGGCUACUUCACUCCGAGUUUAAAAAGUGAAUUAAUACGGAACCUUGAAAGAA